AUGUCGUCCUCCCAGCCUUUUGAAGCAUCCUCGCCAAUUCGUGGCAAGAAGUCCCGAUUUACGUAUAGGCAUCUCGCGCAACUUGCAUCAUCGUCUACGACAUGCCCUCUUCGAGUUAUUGCCCAUGUGGAUUUAGAUGCAUUCUAUGCGCAGUGUGAAAUGGUGCGGUUGAAUGUUGCUGAAGAUCAACCGCUCGCUGUUCAGCAAUGGUACAGUAUAGAUACCUUCUCUGAUUUAGCAUCAUUGCUAACAGGAACCUUUAGGCAAGGCUUGAUAGCGAUCAACUACCCAGCCCGAAAGUUCGGCCUCAACAGACACAUUACAAUUACUGAAGCAAAGAAGCUCUGCCCGAACCUGAUAUGCCAACAUGUGGCGACUUGGAAAGAAGGAGAUGAGAAGUGGGCCUACCACGACGAUGCCUUCAAAAAUAUUGCUACACACAAGGUGUCUCUAGACCCGUAUCGUCUUGAGUCUAGGAGGAUUUUGGCGUGUAUCAAGGAGGCUCUCCCAGCAAAUCUCCAAAGGGUCGAAAAAGCAAGUGUGGACGAAGUUUUCAUGGAUUUGUCUGCCCAGAUCCAUGCUACAAUGCUGAAGCGUUAUCCUGAGCUUUCUGGGCCCCCGCCGUAUGAUGAUCCUACAGAGAGUCUACCGCUUCCGCCUACAACAGCUCUCGACUGGCAAGCCGACGCACUUAUAGACCUUGAUGCUGAUGAAAUAGAGGAGGAGGACCCGGAUUGGGACGAUGUCGCUAUUUUGAUUGGCUCUGAAAUCGUCCGUAAAGUCCGGGCCGCUGUCCAAGAAAAGCUUCAGUAUACGUGCUCUGGUGGGAUUGCUCAGAAUAAGAUGAUAGCGAAGCUCGGAUCAGCACACAAAAAGCCAAACCAACAGACUGUGGUUAGGAAUCGAGCCGUGCAAAAAUUUCUUUCCGAUUUUAAAUAUACUAAGAUACGGGGAUUGGGAGGCAAGCUUGGAGAACAGAUCACCACUGCUUUCAAGACUGAUACGGUCAACGAACUGCUCCCGAUUGCUAUUGAACAACUAAAGCAGAAACUUGGGGAUGAUACCGGAACAUGGGUCUAUCAGAUAAUCCGUGGCAUUGAUACAAGUGAGGUAAACUCUCGAACCCAGAUUAAGUCAAUGUUAUCUGCGAAAUCAUUCCGGCCUACUAUAACCACACAGGAACAAGCGAUUCGAUGGCUACGUAUCUUCUCGGCGGACAUCUACUCCCGACUAGUCGAGGAAGGAGUUGUCGAAAAUAAGAGGCGGCCAAAGACCAUGAAUCUACACAAUCGACACGGCAGCCAAACAAAAUCAAGGCAAGCGCCAAUUCCUUUGGGAAAGAAGAUAGACGAGGCCGGGCUGUUUGAGCUUGCUAAGACGCUUCUGGGUCAGAUCAUGCAAGAAGGCCAAGUUUGGCCAUGUUCAAAUAUCAGUCUCAGCGUUGGAGGGUUCGAAGACGGCAUUGUUGGUAAUAUGGGUAUUGGGGCUUUUUUAGUCAAGAAGGAUGAAUUGAGAGCAUUGGACACGGGUCCAGCCAUAAAUGAGACUGGCAAGGAGAGACCAGAGAAGCGAAGGCGCAUCGAACCAUACACAGGUAUCCAGAGAUUCUUCAAAAUGGACAGCACAGACGAGCAUGAUGACGAAUUUGGAUCUCAAUACUUAUCCGGUAUUGAUAAUCCUUCGGCUGAAAAUGCAGACUCAAAUGAGGAAGAUAAGGCAGCAUCGUCGAAUUUGCCUCGCCCUGAGGCAACCGCAGGCAAGACUACGUUAUCAAACGGCUUACCGGGAACGCACCAGCAACAUAUAACAGAUUACAUGUGUGAUCGUUGUAGCGCGGCCUUGGAAUCUGUGGAAGCUCUACAGAGUCAUCAAGACUUCCACUUUGCAAAGGACCUCGAGCAUGAGGAACGUACUCGAGUGGUACCCAAACAAUCUGGAGUCAUUCCCAAUAACAAGAAGUCCCCGGGAACUGCAAGCAAGAAGAGAGGUUCACGCAAUAGUAAGCCGGAGAAAGGGCAAAGCAAGCUUGCAUUUGGAUGA